AUGGAGGCCGUUCCUCUGACUUUGGCACACACCCAUGCGCGCAAUGCCGUGCUCGAAACUCGCAAGUCAAAUCCAGUGGCAGCUAGUGAAGAGCAUGACUUGGCUGCUGGAGAGUUCGCAACUGCCUCCCAGAAUUGCGUGGACACUUAUGCGCUACGCACCUUGAAACUACUUGAAGAAGAACAUAAGCGACUCGCCGUUAUUUUGCGCUCUCAACAUGAGCAUCCCACCCGCCCGACGUCCCCGGAGCGCUCUACAACAACCUCACCCUUGACAUCACACCACAGAACUGGCCAGGUCGAAUCCUCUGCGUCCAAAGCUGUACCGAUAGUUGCACAGUCUACACAGGCGGGAGAUUUGCCGCAACAGCCUCCAAGACUUCCUGGGCAUAAUCGGCAGUUGCAGAGAGAUUCUUCGUCAAUCGCCAGCAACCUCGCCUCUGCCCGGGGAAUCCCACGUCGAAGCUCCCCGGCAUCACCGACAUUGUCUGCGCAGCACGCUGGAGGCCAGCUGACUGACUCACCCGGGCGGGCAAAAACAGCAGAAGGGAGAGCACGAGAGCGCAGUAGCCGUGUCGUACCAACUUCCAAACAACCACGAUCGCCUUCAUCGGUCAGCCCAACAGAAAUAAAAGCGCAGCAGUUUGCUCCUGUUGACGCUCAUGGGCAGCAAUCGGCACCAGGACGUCUGUUGGCUUCUGACCAACCGUUUCAGCGAUUCUACUCGACAUUUGAAGGCCUCAUUUCCAAGAUAUCAGCACCUUUGGCCUUUGCUGGUCUUCCUCUAGGAACCGAUAACAGCGAUUUUUUUCGCCAGAAGAAAUCCUCGGCGGAACCAAAAGUUGACCGCAACAACGCAACCUCGGAUCGCCCCAGUGCGGCUGCUGAACCCGACGUCAAUCACCUAUUCUCCCGAGCUGCUUUGAGAGCAGUACGGGAUUCCAAUGGAGGCAUCCCAAACAACGCAGCAGAAUCGUUCUACGUUGUGCCAACGACAGGCGGCACGGUCUCAUAUGCUGGCAUCCUGUCCCGCGCCGAGAAGGAAGCUCGCCGCAACAGCAUGGAUGACGGCGGCGACGAAGACUUUGUCGACGCACGCGAAACACCACCAUCGCCCGAAAUGCUACAGAAUAUGGUAGCCAGUAAGACCAGAAGCUCGCACGGCAGCGGGGGAUAUGAUUAUAAGAGUACCAAGACACUGGAGGAGCUACAUGUCGAGAACGAAGCUCUAAAACAGCUGUCCGACCAACUCUCCAAACGGCUUCACAUGUGGGAAGUCAACGCGCAAUCGUCGUCCAUGGCCUUGCAACAGUCUCUCAAAGCCAUCCAUCAUCACCAGCAUUACAAUACGUCGUCCCCAACCGCAUCUUCAGCGAUUCCUCCACCAGCAGUAGCAGCAGCAACAGCGGUAGGAACACUCCCAAACGAACACGAAAAACGAAUCAAAGAUCUCGAAGACGCAGUCCGCCGCCGCGAAAAGGAAAUCGACAAGGUAUCGCAUGAAAACGAGAAACUCAAGGUCGUUUUGACUCGAUACCGUGAGAGAUGGGAAAAACUCAAAGAAGGAGCCAAAACGCGGAGGAACGCAGAGGCAACAACAACAAGUAUCGCCAGUCCCAUGGCGACUCCGACGUUGCUACAGCAGCAAGGUGACGAUGAUAUUCCUGGAACGCCAAAGAGUUCAGGCGGUGAUGAUGCGGGGGAUUCUUGA